CUGUAUUCGUCAAGCUGAAUGAGGAUGGCGGAAACACCGAACCCGGCCACUACCUCCUUUCCAGCGCCAACUAUUUCUCUACCCCUUGGAAUGGCAAUAUUGAGGACAUAUUCAGGGGCCCUAAUUUGUUUGGAAAUUGUGUUUGGAGGGUUGGUGUGGAUAUUAGUAGCAUCGACGAAUGUGUCUGUGCCAUUGUUGCAGGGAUGGGUGAUGUUUGUGUCAGUAACCAUGUUCAUCUGUUCGUCUCUAUACCUUGCCCUGUUUCUGCUGGGCCUGGCUGACAAGAUUAACACUGACUGGAAUUUCAUGGACAUGUUCUACCAUUUCAUCGCUUUGCUGUUUUAUUUUGGAGCAUUUUUGCUGGAAGCUACAGUUUCAUCUGCGGGUACAUAUGCAAACAGCACCUGCAUACGCAGACCUCGUGGCAACAUAAUAACAUUUCUGGACUAUAGAGAAUAUAACAUUAAUGUCGCUGCUGCGAUAUUUUCAUUUAUAGUGACUUUGUGUUAUGGCUGUAGCAUGUUCAUGGGCUUCAGGAGAUGGAGAAAAUAGCACACAAAAAUGAAGCAUAUGUAACCGAUUCAUAACACAAUAUCAAAUGUAAACUGUACUCUUAUGGACAUUACACAAGGUGAUAAUGUUUCACCACAAUGUCUCUAGGGACUUUAUUCACAUUAAAGUAGAGAUUCAUUUUAAUUAUUUUUAGUUGUAUUUUCUUAUUUGUAUUUUAAUAUAUAUAUAUAUAUAUAUAUAUAUAUAUAUAUAUAUAUAUAAUAUGUAUUAUAUGUAUAUGUAUGUAUAUAAUUGUCUGCGUGUUCUUGUCUCUGUGUACUGGAAGCUUAUGUCACUAAAACAAAUUCCUUUUAUGCGCAAGCAUACUUGGCAAUAAAGCUCUUUCUGAUUCUGAUGUAUAUGUGUGUGACCCUGGGCCACAAAACCAGCCUUAAGUGUCAAUUUUUCGAAAUUGAGAUUUAUACAUUUAAACUUUUAUGGUUUGUUAGGAUAGGACAAUAUUUGGCGAGAUACAAUUAUUUGAAUAUCUCGAAUCUGAGGGUGCAAAAAAAUCUAAAUAUUGAGAAAUAUCGCCUUUAAAGUUGUCCAAAUGAAGUCCUUAGCAAUGCAUAUUACUAAUCACAAGUUGAUAUAUUUAUGGUAGGAAAUUUACAAAAUAUCUUCAUGGAACAUGAUUUUACUUAAUAUCCUAUUGAUUUUUGGCAUAAAAGUAAAAUCUAUAAUUUUGACCUAUACAAUGUAUUUUUGGCUAUUGCUACAAAUAUAACCGUGCUACUUAAGACUGGUUUUGUGAUCCAGGGUCACUCUCUCACACACACUCUCUCACUCACGCACGCACACACGCACACACACACACAUGUCUGGUUUGCUAUCCUUGUGGGGACUCUCCAUAGGCGUAAUGGUUUUUAUACUGUACAAACUGUAUGUGCUAUUGCCCUACACCAACCCUACACCUAAACCUACCCCUUUCAAGAAACUUUGUGCAUUUUUAGAAUUUCAAAAAAACACCAUUUAGUAUGUUUUUUAAGCCUUUUAAAUUACGGGGACAUAGGCAGUGUCCUCGUAAACCACCUUCAAAUUGUAAUACCUCUGUCAUACCCAUGUCAUUAUACAAAUUUUGUCCCCGUAAACCACAAAAACCAGUACACACAGAGGAAAGUAUUCACAACGCUUCACUCUUUCCACAUUUUGUUAUAUUACGGCAUCCUGUUUCUACGGGUUAUCCUUGAGAUGUUUCUACGACUUGAUUGGAGUCCACCUGUGGUAAAUUCAGUUGAUUGGACAUGAUUUGGAAAGGUACACUCCUGUCUAUAUUAGGUCCCACAGUUAACAGUGCAUGUCAAGAAACCAAACCAAGCUAAGCCAAGACAGGAUUGUAUCAAGGCACAGAUCUGGGGAAGGGUACGGAAAAACUUCUGCAGCAUUGAAGGUUCACAGAAGCAUGUAGUCUCUGUUACCCUUAAUGGAAGAAGUUUGAAAGAACCAGGACUCUUCCUAGAGCUGGCCUCAUGGCCAAACUGAGCAAUUGGUGGAGAAGGGCCUUGUUUAGACUGGUGACCAAGAACCUGAUGGUCACUCUAGUUGAGCUCCAUGAUUACAUAUGCAGAUGGGAGAAACCUACAGAAGGACAAACAUCACUGCAACACUCCACCAAUUUGGGCUUUAUGGCGGUGUGGCCAAACUCAAUCCUCUCCUCAGUGAAGACGCAUGAAAACACACUUGGAAUUUUAAAAAAAAUAAAUAAAAAGCACCUAAAGGACCCUCAGACUCUGAGAAACAAGAUUCUUGUUGCUGUAAUGAAAACCUAGUCCAGAGCAUUCAGAACCUCAGACUGGGCAGAAGGUUCACCUUCCAACAGGACAAUGACCCCAAGCACACAGCAAGAGUAGCCUAUAGACAACUCUGUGAAUGUCCUUGAAGCCAGCCACAGCCUGGGAUUUAACCCAAUCAAAUAUUUCUGGAGAAACCUGAAAAUAUGCAUCUGCCCACAUCCAACCUGACAGAACUUGAGAGGUGAAGAGGCGAGGAGAAGAAUGGCAGAUAAUUGGCAAAUGAUGAUGAUCAAAAAGAUUUCAGGCUGUAAUUGGUGCCAAAGAUGCUUCAACAAAGUAUUGAGUAAAGGCUUUGAUAAUUCCUUGGACUUCAUGGCUUGGUUUGUGCUCUGACAGGCACUGUUAACUGUGGGACCUUAUAUAGACAGGAGUGUACCUUUCCAAAUC